GAUUAAGCUUUGCUGUGACACACUGGAGCUGGGUCCAGCGUCGAGUAAAGAGUAGGUGCUCAUUUUACUUUAUCUUAACCCUCGUGCUCCAUCUGCAGGAUGGACCCUCCUAGCAAGCACGAUAAAGGAUCAGAUGCGCUUCAGCAGCUCGUCCUGUUCCCAUCAUUUGAAGCCGUGGGCGGCACGGAUCAUGACGACGCGUUCAUCUGAGAAUGCUCAGUGUAUGCAUACGAGGAAGCACUUGACAAACCGCUGCGUGGACCAAGUCCGCAAGAUUCAGGAUGGAGACGCUUUCUGUGUGGUUCAGCAUCACUCCCUUGAACCUGAGCUCUAAUUAUUACCACCUAGUUUCAUCUCCAAUUUGAUCAUAACCAUUCACAUUAUGUU